GAUUUCGUUUUUAGGUGAACCAUGCUUUUAAUAUUCUAAUGAUUUUUGGGAUAAAAGAAAAAAUAAUGUUGACACAGACCUACUACACUCGUCCAACAUAGCCUAUGAAUAUUUUUAGGUUUUGAGGUCCAGGGCCACAUCUAUAAAUGCAUUUGGGUAAACCUCGACUUACCCAAUUUGCAUUAAUUUAUUAGUUGUAUUUUUAAAAUCUAUCUAUAAGGUACAAAAAUCCGAAAACGGCAUACUGAUUUCAAAUGUCUUAUUAUGAUGAUUAAACAUUCCCAGGGGUACAAACUGCCAUAAUCCUAACCCUAUAGAAUAAUAUAACUGACCCUCAGUUGUUUUUUGUCAAGUCUAGUCUAUUUGCUAUAUGGACGAGUUAUAUGAAGGCGCGUGUAUAAAGCGUGUCUUGUACCUCUGGGUUAAUUGGUAGAAGCGCACGACUGGUGAGCAAACGACUGACUGAGACACAGAGAGAGAGAGAAAGAGUGAAAGAUCGAUCCUCUUCAACACGGGCUUUGCGCAGCGCGCGCUCGGGUCGCAAAAGGAACGCGCUUUUGACCGCUUAACCAUGGGUGACCCUUUCAGCAACAGCAGCAGGACAUUCAACCGAACCCUGCAGAGUAAAGUCACAUUUGGAAAUCUGGAGGACAUCGACGUGACCGCGGACAGGAGCCCAGUCUUGAGGAUCAUGAUCUCCGUUGUGUACAUUCUCGUGUGCGCAAUAGGGUUAAUCGGGAAUUCGCUGGUGCUCCUCAUCAUGAGAGUGAAACACUCCAGGCAGAGCACCACUAUUAAUAUUUUUGUUCUUAACUUAGCCGUCACAGACAUCCAGUUUGUCCUGACACUGCCUUUUUGGGCUGUAGACACCGCGCUGGAUUUCAGCUGGCCGUUUGGAGACGCCAUGUGCAAGAUCAUACUGUCCGUGACCGUGAUGAACAUGUACGCCAGCGUCUUCUUCCUCACCGCAAUGGGCAUCACUCGAUAUUUAUCCGUGGCUUCGGCCAGCAAGAACAGGAUCCGACCACCAGCAUCAGGCUCUGUAAAAUGGGUUUGCACCUUCUUGUGGGUGCUCGCUACAGUCGCCACCGCUCCAACGUCUAUUUUCUCCACGGUCACCAGUGUGGUCGGAGAGAAGCUCUGUUUGCUGAAGUUUCCUGCGGGACAAUACUGGCUAGCUUUUUAUCACUUGCAAAAAAUCAUGGUCGCUUUUGUUCUGCCCAUGUUGAUUCUUUCCAUAUCCUAUUUGUUGCUUCUGAGAUUUGUGAGAAAGCGCAAUAUAAAAAACAUUCACUCCCGGCGCAGGAUCCAGGUCACCAAAUCCAUCACGGUGGUCAUUCUCUCGUUCUUCCUUUGCUGGAUGCCCAACCACGCGAUUACAUUUUGGGGUGUUCUGGUCAAGUUGAACGCGAUUCGCUGGGAUGAGGCUUAUUAUGUUGUCCAUACCUAUGUGUUCCCCGUGACUGUUUGUUUGGCUCAUACUAACAGCUGCUUAAAUCCUUUUAUAUAUUGUCUUACGAGAAGAGCUUUGAGGAAGAAACUGAAAAAAUGUUUGUCCAUUUUUGCCCCCUGGUUAUUAAAGAGCUCUCUACAGAAGUCCAGCAGGCAUGCAUAAAUGGCACAACUGCGUGUAAAUAUCACACGAUGAUGUAUUGUUUUUAUUUAAAGUAUUAAAUUAUGUACGCAUAUGUCGUCGGGUGCUAUUUUGAGACCAAACUGAAUCUUUUUAAAUGCAUGCAUGUGUGAAAAUGACUAUUAAAACAAAAUGUGUUCUCUUUGCAUAUUUCACUAUUUAUUGUACAAUAAGGUUGACCUCUAAAUAAAUAUUGAUA